AUGUAUAACUUGUUUCGCAGAAUCAUUCUACUUAGAUCUCCAUCCUCAGUCUUUUCUCACGGAUUUUCCGAAUGUCCGUUGAAAUCUCUCAGAUACUUAUCCACUUCUUCUGAGAUUGUAUCGUCUCCGAAAUCUGCUUCGUUGCCUUCUAAUGUUGUUCAGCUCAUGAACAAUCGGAAGGCAAUAAUUGCGUUUUUUGAGAAUCAUGGAUUCUCUGAAUCACAAAUCUCUGACUUUGUUAAGAAGGUCCCUUUAAUGCUCUCCGAGAACCCCGAGACCCUGUUUCCCAUAUUGUUGUUUUUUCAAUCUAAAGGUCUUUCUUCCUCAGCGAUAACCAAAUUAGUAUGUUCAGUUCCUCAAGUUUUAAAACGAAGUUUAAACCAAGAAAUUAUUCCAGUCUUUGAUUACAUUCAAGCCGUGCUUGGAACUGUGGAGAAGACUGUCACUACCAUAAAACGCUUUCCGCGUAUUCUUGGUUGGAAUCUUCGAAUUUCAGUUGGUCCUAAUAUUGAAAUUCUGAAACAACUUGGAGUGCCAGAUUCAAAUAUUUCAACUUAUCUUCAGCGGCAGCCUAAAAUGUUCUUCACAAGUUCCAUACAAUUCAAGGAGAUUAUAGAGAGAGUUAUGGAAAUGGGAUUCAGCCCUCAACGAUUGCAGUUUCUUGUUGCUGUUUUUGCUCUGCGAUCAUUGACCAAAUCUUCAUGGGAUAAGAAGCUUGAAGUUUAUAGGAAAUGGGGAUUGUCUGAAGAAGAUUUCAGAAUAGCUUUUAGAAGGAAUCCUAUGUGUAUUACGUUUUCUGAGGAUAAGACCAAUAGUGUAAUGGAUUUUUUUGUCAACAAAAUUGGAUGCCAAUCAUCUUUCGUCGCUAGAAAACCAGUUUUAAUUUCACUUAGUUUGAAGAAGAGGAUUUUUCCUAGAGGCUAUGUUUAUCAAGUUUUGUUGUCAAAGGGUUUGAUUAAAAAGCACAAGAAGAUUAUUUUGUUGUUUGAGUCUCCUGAAAAGCGUUUCAUAGAAAAAUUCAUCAACCCUCAUAAGGAGCAGAUUCCUGGAUUGUUGGAGUUGUAUGAACAGAAAUUAAUGGAUUCUAGAAAAUGA